AUGAGUGAAGAUGGCAGCGAUGGGUCCGUUGAUAUAGGACGGCAACUACAGGAGUCUGACGAGCGGAACAAGAGGAAGAGAGAAGAAGCGGAAGCCGAGGAGUCUGAGUCGUCAUCGAGGAGUAGCCGUGCUGCCCCAGUCCUGGCCCCAGUCGCAGUCGCAGUCGCAGUUCCAGUUGCAGUCGCAGCCCCAGUAGCAUCCCCAGUCGCAGCUUCCCUCCCUCGUCCACGUCUUAGCUUGCAUGAAAUACAACACCGACACCAGAUGCAGAUACAGCAACUGCAUCAACAGCAUUCUCUUGUAGUGCCGCCACCAGCUUUGGAAUACUACGAUGAUGAGUUUGCCCAAGAUAUGUACAUGGGGCAACUCAAAGCCCAGGAGUUACGGGAACGACCACCACGUCCUAGGACGACUCCUUUGCCUAAGGAACAUGCACGGUCUACCUCCGCCUCUCCCGCACAGAGAUCAGCCUCACCGGCAAUGAGGAAGGCCGCCAAGGAAGCUGCCAAACAGGUUCAAAAGAAGAAGAAAGAAGACGAUAAGAUUGCAAAGAGAGCGAAAGAUGUUAGGCUGGCAAAGAAGAAAGAAGACGAUAAGAUUGCCAAGAAAACCGAAGAUGCUAGGCUGGCCAAGGUUGUAGCAGAAAUGAUUGGUGCGUAUCAGCACGCUAAUCACAAGAAUAAAAUUGGAAUCGGGCAAGAGAAGAGCCCUUCAGACGGCGAGAUUUACGGUGUGGCUGUGUCAUUCACAAUGCGUAAAGGACAACCAACCGAGGAAGUCUUGGAUUUAACCAAAUUCAACAGCAAGGAUAUUCGCGCUUUUACUCUAAAGUGUGGAGUAAAGGGAGCAGGUGGCAAGAAACUGUUCGAUUGCAGGAUGGAGAUUGCCCGCAGUGUUCAGAUGGGAACGAUGUACAACGACCAAUCUAUUUCCAACCCAGGGUCCUCUUCCGCAACGAAGAGGAUCAACACUCUCUUUAAAGUGUUGAAUAUUUGCUUCCACGCUAACAAUUUCAUUGACUUUGUUGCUCUCAACGACGGUAAGCAACGAAAGGACUACGAACAAGAGCCUCUCUCGGAGCAUGGAGUUACAGGAAAUCCGGUGAAGGACUUUUGGGUUCUUGUGUCGAGCGAAAUGAACGAGACAUCGGACGACUCCUUCGAUACCGUCUUAGGGCUGCUCGAGGGGGAAGACGACAGGCUCUUUGCAUGGAACGAAGAACACGGUUUCAACCUAAAUGACAUCAAUCGUGGCCAGGAUUUUAAGUCAGUUCGACAGCUUGUGUGUGAUUUGAUGAAAGCGCGGGAGAGAUGUCAGUUGGAAAUGAAGAAGUCUGGCGAGGGCAGCAACGAUCUGUGGACGUACUGCACAAAUCCAAAGUUCACUAAACCCCGGCAAUCUACUGCAGUUCUACCGGCGGUUGCUGUCUACUACUGUAACCAUCUUUGCCUCAUACAUCCGGCCAUUGAUGGCAAGUUCGCCGCGUUUAUGAGUGACAAUUUGAAGAGUGACUCUACGAUUGCAUUUACUGGGAGUGCCGAUUCCAGCGGUGGCAAAGGUGGCAAGCAAGCUGUUGUGGCCGUUAUGGAAGUUCUCGCCAAUGUAAGUACGGAUCUAAAGGAAUCAAUGUCAAGCCGAAGGAAAGAUAUGUCAUCAGAUGAAGCCUCCAAAACGAGUGUUUGGAAUGACUAUUUCGACAUUGGCGAUCGGUAUUGUAAAUUGAAGGCGGAUAUCCGCAACGGGGAUUCGUCCAAAGCACGUAUGGUUGCAGCCAUGGAAGUUCGUAUCGAACAACUUGAAGCGGUCUUGAAGAUCGUGCCGGCCAAGUCAGUUAUUGAAACAGAGGAAACUGGCGCUAAUAUUUAA